AUGGGCGCAUGCUUCUGCUUUCUUAAUCCUUCUCUCUCUCCUCCUCCUUUAUCUCCUAUUUCUUUCUUUUACUUUUCUUAUCUUUUCACUCCUAGUCUAUUCUCACUCUCAGUUCUCUCUCCCCCCUCCUCCUCCACCUUUUCAUUCUUUCUUUCUCUCCUACUUUUCUUUCUCUCCUACUUUUCUUAUCUUUUCACUCCUACUCCUUUCACCCACUUAAUUCUCUCUCUCCCCUCCUCAUUUACCUCCUAUUUCUUUAUUUCUCUUACUUUUCUCUCUCUCCUAAUUUUCUCUUUUCUUAUCUUUUCACUCUUACUCCUUUCUCUCUCUUAUUCUUCUCUCUCCCCUCCUUCUUUAUCUCCUAUUUCUUUCUUUUAUUUUCUUUCUCUUCUAAUUUCCUCUUUUCUUAUCUUUUCAAUCCUAGUCUAUUCUUACUCUCAGUUCUCUCUCUCCCCACCUUUUCAUUCUUUCUCUUACUUUUCUUUCUCUCCUACUUUUCUUAUCUUUUCACUCCUACUUUUCUCUUUCUAUUUCUCACUCUCCCCUCCUCCUUUAUCUCCUUUCUUUUACUUUUUUCUCUCUCCUAAUUUUCUCUUUUCUUAUCUUUUCACUCCUACUUCUUUCUUGUUCUUAGUUCUCUCUCUCUCUCCCCCACACACCUUUAUCUCCUAUUUCUUUCUUUUGCUUACUUUUCUUUCUCUCCUACUUUUCUCUUUUCUUAUCUUUUCACUCCUACUCCUUCCUUUCUCUCUCUUUCCUACUUCUUUAUCUCUUAUUUCUUUUCUUUUCUUUCUCUUCCUUCUACUUUUCUCAUCUUUUCACCUCUACACCUUUCUCUUUCUCCCCCCCCUCCUUUAUCUCCUAUUUAUUUAUUUCUUUUUUCACUUUUCUCUCUUUCCUAAUUUCACUUUUCUAAUCCUGGGUUAUCAACAAAAUCAUUUUUUCUUUUUUGUACUUCUUUUUUUUCUCUUUCUUUCUUUGUGUUUUUUCUUUCUUUGUGUGUUUUUUCUCUUUAAUCAUUUUUUUCUGUUUUCCUUUAUUGUGUUUUGUCUUUCUUGUGUCAUUUUUCUUUCUUUGUACUUCUUUAUUUUUUUUAACUUUAUUUCUUAUUAUUUGAAUUUAUUUUACUUCUUUACACUGAUUUCUUUCUUUCUUUUACUUUAUUUUUCCUAUAUAUUACUUUGUUCUUUCUUUUUUUCUUUCUUUUCAUCUAUUUCUUUUUUCUUUAUUUCUUUCUUUCUAGAUUUUAAUAAUUUCUUUUUUCUUUAUUUUUUCCUUCGAGUUUUCUAG